CCUGCUCUAACUUUUGUACACAGAGGAAAAGCAUGAAUUGUUGUGUUGCCUACAAAUUAUUAGACCCAUAGGAAGGUUGUUUGAACAUGCAGACAUUAGCUGGCAAGCCAUCUCACAGAAGCAACAGUAACGUGGAUCCCGCUCCUACAUCCUCACUGCAGUAAAUUGUUUACUCACACAAUCAGGGACUGGAACUUCUUGGAGACGGACCCAGCCCAUCUCACCGUCCCUGAAUGCUUCCAAGAAUGUACUGAGAGUUUUUCAGGUAUCUUCAGGCGUAGUUGUUUUUGAGUUGGUUUCAUAUUCCCAAGUCAAGAGGAAAAAUAAAGUGUAUAAAAUUGGAGCCUCUGACCUGAGGGAUGAGAUGCUAUUGCAUUGGAUAAACUCGUAAGGGCAGUGUCCCAACAUUCAACAAGUAUUUGUUUCUCAUCAGAGAUCGACAUGGAGAAUGUAGACGUUAUUCCGGGACUCUUUAAACUUGAGCUCCCAAUCACUGACAAGAACAUCAACCAAGAUUCUGUGAAGAGAAAACUUCUUGACAUAGAGCAAGACUUGAGAACAAGGUUAGGUAGGCCAGAAGAACUUGCUAUCCUCAAUCUCCUUGGUCUUCUUAAAUUUGCUCUCAAACGCUACGAUGAAUCCCAGGAACACUUUCUCGCGGUCCUUGAAAAGGAUCCCGAUAACCUCAACGCAUUGGCUGAUAUGCAACAUGUAUUACAGGCACUAUACAGGAAGAAGGAUGCUAGAUGCUACCAAGAUAAGUGGGAAGGUUUAAUUGACCAGGAUGCAAGACAGAAACGCAUCAUCAAGGCUCGAGCAAGAUGUCUUGCUGAACAGGCUUAUGUGUAUGCUGUUGAUAUGCAUACAGAUGAGAACUGUAACAAGAGGUACGAACAAUCCAAUGUCAUCUUUAGAAAAGCCCUCCGAUGUGCAGGGGAAAUGGUGGACACAUCAGAAACGGAUUUCUGGGAGUUUUUCAUUGCCAAAAACUUGCAUAAGCUUUUCACUGGGCUGAGAUACAGAGAUAACUACUCCAAAGCUAAUAAACUAAUGGAAAGGGUUGUCGGUUUGUUCUUUAAGAUAGCAAAUAGGAACCCGGGUGAUUCUGAAUAUCAGUGGGAAAGCUGGCGGCAUUUAGCUGAUAUAGCAAGAAUGAUAAAGACUAUAAAACAUUUCACUUACAGUCAUUUUCAGCCUCAACUGUUAAAGGACUGUAUAAAUGAUCCUGUGAUGUGUAUGGAAAGAGCAAUGAUAAUCAGUCCAGAUAACCCAAGGCUUCUUGCUCGUUAUGCAAACUUUGUGUAUUCGCUAAAGAGAGAAAAUUGCUAUAAAAAGGCACUUGAAAUGCUAUAUACAUCAAUCCGUCUUGAUGACAGCUGCUAUAACUUUUACGCUUUCAGCACAAGGGGCAUGAUUUAUGUAAAAAGCUAUCAGUGGCAAAUGCGAAAGUACAAAGAAGGCGGUGGACGAUUUUUUCUGCCACACCCUAACAUGCUGGAAAAUGCCAAGGCUGACCUUGAGAAAGCAAUUGAAUUUCGCAAUACAGCAUGGGAUUUGCUAAAUUUGGCCACUGUUUAUCACCAUCUCGCUAAAUGUGAUACAGUGGUAUCCCCAGAUAAACAACGACAGUAUCUUGUACUAGAGUUAGAGACCCUAAAGCGAUGCGAGGAUUGCGGUGAUCACAGUGAAAGACGACAAAAGUUGCAACAGACCUUUGGGAGAUGCUUCUUUGAUUUGGGUGAAUACCGUGAGUCUAUUGAUUGCUUUAAAAAGGCUGUGGUUUUGGAGUCAGCAGGGACACAAUAUUCAGGAUAUUUUCGAGAAAUGUUUUGCAGUUACCUUUCACUGCUGAGAAGUGAAGACAGAGAUGAAAAUGCUCAGCCUAUUCUAGAGGACAUGGUUCAGUCCAUGAGGAAGGCCAUGACAAAGUACGGAUCCGGCAGUUUGACUAGAUAUUGCUUUACUCUUAAUCUAAAUGAGGAAUAUGAUCAUGAACUGCAGAUGCUGUAUAAUUACUGUAAGAAGAUUGACGAUAAUAUGGAUAUUUUGGUUUUACUGAGACCAGCUGAGAUGUCACCACAAUUUGCACCUGUUGGACCCGGUGGUACUCUCAAGGGGCCAUGGGAAAAGCCGAUCCCACAAUCAACAUUGGAUAAUUUGGCUAGAGAGUCUAGAACACAAGCAUCUGAUGCUGUGACCAAGAAGAAUGCAGGUGGUUCACUGGGUUUAGGAUCAGACACUCAGGGGGGUGGAAGAGGUUUAGAGACACUUGUGAGUGGAGUUGAGGGUAUGAAGGUCAGAAAUUUAUCGGGUCAAGUGCUUCCUGGCUACAGAAGUGAUGUCACCAGAUUGGCAGCUUCCCAGUUUGAAAAGUCAGACACCCUGAAGGAGGAUGAAGGUAUAGGGCCACUUAUGAGUGGAAUCGGGGGCACGAAGGUCAGAAAUUCAUCAGGUCAGAAGCUUUCUGGCAGCAGAAGUGAUGUCACCAGAUUGACAGCUUCCCAGUUUAAGGGGUCAGACACCCUGAAGGAGGAUGAAGGUAUAGGGCCACUUAUGAGUGGAAUCGGGGGCACGAAGGUCAGAAAUUCAUCAGGUCAGAAGCUUUCUGGCAGCAGAAGUGAUGUCACCAGAUUGACAGCUUCCCAGUUUAAGGGGUCAGACACCCUGAAGGAGGAUGAAGGUAUAAGCCCACUUAUGAGUGGAAUCGGGGGCACGCAGGUCAGAAAUUCAUCAGGUCAGGAGCCCCCUAGUGGAAACAUGAGAUUGGCAGCUUCCCAGUCAUGCCAGUUUGAAGGGUCAGACACCCAGGAGGAGGAGCAAGGUAUUGGGCCACUGGUGAGUGGAGUCGGGGGCAUGAAGAUCAGGGUCCAAUCAGGUCAGGAUGUCCAAGAACCAGGAGCACAAUCUCAGCCACCUGCUGGGUCUCCAUCGGGCGCAUUGAGUCCUGACAAAGAUCAAAAGUUCUUGUAUGAUUUCUAUGUUGCACACGGAGAGAGUGACGAAAAAUGGGUAGAGGACACCAUUCUCCAUGAGUUAAUGAAGGGGCGAAACUUAAAGGGAUGCACGUAUAAAAAAGAUGCAGACCUGGGGUCUUAUGUAUAUUCGGGUAAACUCGAUCUGAUGAAGCAGUGUGCCUGUAUUUUGGUCCUCCAUGGGGAAGAUUUUAAAGAUGGGCAGUACUUAGUGCAACAGACACUCAAAUUAAAAAAGGAAUAUGGUAUAAAUGUUAUUCCAAUAGAAAGGGAUGGAUUAUCGGUACCUGAUGAACUAAGCGUCAUGACAAGUUUUAAUGCCAGUGCUGAGAGAGUAGAUUGGAAUAGACUGGCGCAGUCCAUUAAAAACACGAAGGGGGCCCCUAGCUAUAAUAUGGGACAAGGACUGAAACAAUGAUGCUCCUGAGAAAGUUAGGAUAUACCGGUUGUGUGGUAAACUGGAACACAAGAAGCAGUGAGUGUGCCUGUAUUUUGGUCCUCCCUGGGGAAGAAUUUGAAGAGGAAGAGUACUUAGAGCAUCAAACACUGAUACAUCGAAAGAAAUGUGGCUGGACUAUUAUUCCAAUAGAAAAGGAUGGAUCGGUGGUAUCCAAAGAAAUGGGUGUCUUUAGAAGUUUUGAUGCCAGAGGUGGGAGAGGAAAUUGGGAUUCACUGGCAAAAACCAUUCAAAACAAAAGGGGUGCCCCUAGUUACACUGAAACAAAGGAAGCAUACAAUGGUUGAAACAAGAGAUUAUGGUCGUAUCACCCAGUAAAGGUUGAUCUUUGUAGCUACUUAGUUGUGGAUAAGUAGCAGUGGUGUAACCAGAGGGCAGGGUGAGCCCCCUCCCCCAGUAACCCGCUCAAUCAAAGUACUUCUGUUUAAUAUUAUUUGUUUUAUCUAUCUAUACACUAAUCAUCUUGAACAUGUGACCUACUGUACGACUUAACGUCCUAUCCAAAGGUUGAAGCAAAUGUUUAAUUGUUUUGCUAAAUGACGCAAGUGUCAAGACCAGGACUCGAACCUACACAAUGGUGAUCACAAACACAAGAGCUUGAGUCCAGAGUGCUUGAUGACCACUCAACUAUGUCAAGAAUGGAAAUUUGUAAAUGGCUAUAUCAGUAAUUGGCUAAAUAGAAGCCUCAUUUUAUGUUCACCUACAUUGCAAGGAACGCUUUUGUUUUUAAUUGUUUGGGUGUACCACCCUCACUGGAGGUUGCUCAGUACUUUGCUUAGAGGCACUGGACAUCUUUGGUAAUUGUCAAAGACCAGUAUUCUCACUUGGUGUAUCCCAACGUUAUGCAUAACUCAAAAAGUCUGUGACAUUUGGACUCAAUUGGUCAUCGAAUUUGCAAGAAAAUAAUGAAAGAAAAAUACCCUUUUUGCACAAAAUGU